AUGGUGCUUCAUGAGCGGCUGGAGACCCCUGUUCCUUGGGGCCUGGGCUGGGAGGCAGGUGCCCUGCUGAGCAUGGGAGCUGCAUUCCUGGAGAAGCUGCUCCCGCGGCCAGGCCAGUUCCUGUCCCUGGAGCAGGUGCGGGACCUCGUCCAGCCGUCCCCAGCCACGCUCAUGGCAGUGCUGAAGUGGCUGCAAGGCCAUGGUGUUGAGACCUGCAGGAGCGUUACCACCCUCGAUUUCCUGGAGUGCCGCAUGCCAGCGAGCACAGCCGAGCACCUCCUGCCAGGGGCUGAGUUCCACCGCUACGUGAAGGGCCAGCGCAGUGUUGUGCGCUCCCCGCUCCCCUACACUGUCCCCGAGGAGCUGGCUGAGCACGUGGACUUUGUGGGUGGCCUGCACCGGUUCCCUGUGGAGAGAAAGGUGGUCAGCAGAGCCUGGGCCAAGAAGGAAACGGAGUCAAGGCAGCAGGAGGAAGGGAGAGCGGCUUUCCACCUGGGCGUGACACCUUCCAUCAUUCGUAAGAGAUACAACAUGACAGGAGGAGACAUCGGGCUGCUGCCAAACAACAGCCAGGCCUGUGCCCAGUUCUUGGAACAGUAUUUCCACCAGGCCGACCUGGCUGAGUUUAUGCAGCUCUUUGGGAGCAGCUUUGGCCACCGCUCACAGGUUGACCAAGUGGUUGGGCACCAGGGAAAGGGCAAGGCUGGGCUGGAGGCCAGUCUGGACGUGGAAUACAUCAUGAGCACGGGUGCCAACAUCUCUACGUGGGUCUUCAGCAACGCAGGCAGGCACGAGAGCCAGGAGCCCUUCCUGGCCUGGCUGCUGCUGCUCAGCAACAUGUCAUCGCUGCCGUGGGUGCACUCCGUCAGCUACGGGGAUGACGAGGACAGCCUGUCACUAGCCUACAUGGAGCGUGUCAACAUGGAGUUCAUGAAGGCAGCCGCCCGGGGCCUGACCAUCCUCUUUGCCUCAGGUGACGAGGGUGCUGGGUGCAGAAGGGUGCCUGGUGGGAACCAUACUUUCCGGCCCAGCUUUCCAGCCUCAAGGUAG